AACACACUGGUGAAGCCAUUUGACCAGUGCCAUCUAGUUGCCAGGCGUAUGCACUACAGGCAUCUACAUUGAGUAACUGUAAGACAAGUUUCUUCCUAUAUACAUUCCUUGGCUCCAGGCCUGCGUGAAGUAAACAGCUGCCGCUUCCCCAGCUUCACUUGGCUCCACCUGGUUCCCCUCUUCUAUACAAGCAACAGGCUGGUAUACUUCUGGAACAGUCUAUCAGCCCAAGCUGUGGAAUCAAGAACAGUACUGGGCUUCAAAAUAGUCCUUGACAAAAUUAUCAGGAACAAUGGAGGGAUCCCACACAGGCCACUGGCCUCCUUCCCUUGGCAUGGUCCCCUCUAGUAGGUGGCCAUCAGAUUGGAAUAUAUAAGACCUACACUAGAACAACCUUACCAUGCUGGAGGAGAGGCCCAAUAUCCGCCGACGUGUUGGAUCUGCACGUUCAGGAUUGUCAAGAGUUGGAUCAGCCCGGCCAAGUAGUGGUCGAGUCAGUUCUGCAAGGCCUUCCUCUGACACUCGCCGUCCCAAAUUGCACACUGGUCGGCCAUCUUCAGCACCAGCUCCUAGUAGGCCUUCCUCUGCCCCUCCUCCAGGACGGACUGGGCCCUACCCAGUCAACAGGACUUGUGUUGGGUCUAGCUCUAUCAAGUCUCAUGAUGUAUCACACUUGAACCUAAAGGUGGAAGGGAAGUCGAUUAGGUCUGUGGCCUACACACCACGACGGCAUCAGCCAGUAAGCCGGGGGUCCCUGCGAGUGAUCUCUAGUCACGGGUAUUCUGCAGGAGGAAAGAGAAAACAAUUUUUUUCAAGCCACAAGUCAGGAUCACUUGAGAAACAUGAAUUGGGCAGUGACUCCGAGUCUAGUGGAAUGGGUUUUGGCAGCACUUACACGCUGCCAUUACCAGUGAAUCAGCCUAUAAUAUAUGGAAGUGCUCUGUCGUUUGAACACCCAUAUGCAGACAAGACUGGAGUGGGUUAUGACGCCACGCUUGAAAGAGAUGAAGAAAGGUCGUACAUAGAGAAUAAACUUGGAAGCACAUAUACUCUGAAAAAUACUGUCAGUGUGACUAGUGGUGAGGAAUUUGAGUUCCCUGAUAGGCCAGUGAGAAGAUCUCUUGAAGCGGGAGCAGAGAGAUCAGACAAUCUUUAUCAUCUUCAUAACAGCAGCUAUUUCAACCAGGCAACUGUGGACCAAAGGAAUUUUUCCUCAGACAGAACUGCUGUAAGUGAUAUCCAGAGAGAGUUCAAUGAUUCAGCUUAUAAUAGAAGGUCACAGUUACUUAGCAGUAGAUGUGGGGAUGUAAGGAUAAAGGGCAACAGUUCUCAUGAUGUGCAUCAUAAUGGGGUGAGCUUAUUGAAGAGGGACACGGACACAACUUCUAAUGAUGGCUCAGAAUGUACUGUCAUGAGCCUGGGGCGGAAAAUACAAAUUAUGGCAAGUGCUCAACCAAGCAGACAAUUAGAUCAUGAUAAUAAGGAUGAAAACUGGGACACUGAAUGGAAACAGUUACUUAAGCAGAACCAUGAGUUACUUUUAAGGUUGUCUAGCAGAGAAGAUCUCCGGUCCCCUGAUAACACCCCAGGGUAUGACUAUGAAAAGACAGUGUUGGUUCAUGACAGUGGAGUCCAGACUAGUUUUAUUAAAGAUGCAGAUGAAAAGGGAUCCUUGGAUUGUACUGCAGGUGUAAAAUCUCCUGAACCGGUCAUAUAUUCUGAAUAUGAUGGUGGAGAUGAGCGGUUGCAUUUUCAUAUGGAAGAUAAAAAUCCAGACGAUAAUGAAAGAAGAGAAUCGUAUACAAAUUCAGAAAGCCCUGAGUGUGUCCUCGAAGAUAUCAUUGAAGAAUCAAGUUUAAGUGAUAAAUCAACUCCCAGGAGAUUAGUUAAUAAUUCAGAUGCCAUGGAGGAAACUCAUAAAAAUCCUAACGGGGAUCCAAACCCUAAUGAAAACCUCGUUCAGUCAAGUCCAGAAGAUGUUUCUGAGAGUCGAGAAAUACCGCAGUCUGAAAGCUCUGAAUAUGUGAGUAAAACGUCAGUUGAAAGUCCUGAAAAUCCUCCUCUCACAUUAUUCUCCAGCUCUGCAAAUAUUUCUUGUGCAACUGACCUUCCAACUUAUCGCACAGGUUCAGCCAUAACUUAUGUUGUACGGAGUCGAUUUUCCAGAGAAAGAAUGAAACCUCAGUCUUCAAAAGAUCUACUGGAGGCUCUACAAAUGAUUGAGGAUGAAGAAAAGAAAGAUUCAGAAUCACACGAAACGAAGGACUCUCCAGCAAUCAAAUUAGACGGUGGUACCAGAGAAGAACCUUCAGUGUUUGUCCUUGGUGAUGGCGUUUCUAUGAGUCAUUCGUAUGAGUCCACUGCAUAUGAGGUUGACAGUGGUGCAAAACCUUCCAGCUCAGUUCACAGGACUGUUGGCAGCAAAUCUCUUGAUCUCAAAAAGUCAAGUGUCUCCUUGAUGUCAAAUGAGUGUGAAGCAACACUCCCUGUUCUGCAGGUGUUGGUGGAGAAGGUAUUCCUCUUCACGCAAGACUUGGCUGAACGCUGGAAACAAGGAAAUGCUGAUGAUUGUCGCGAUGAUCUGCUCUACCAACUAGCAGAGGCUGAGAGACUCCUGGAGCAUAUCUGCAUCCAAGAGGGAAGAAAAGAGGACCCCAAGAAAUGUCCUGACCUCCAUACCAAGUGUGAGGAGAAAAUUCGCAAGAAGCAGGAGGAAUCUGAGGCUAGGAUACAGAAAAAUAUUGAGCUAAUACGUAAGUUGAUGGAUGAUAAAAAGCUACUGACGGAGCAGUGUGAACGGAUGCACCGGACUGAGAGACUCGCAGAGAAGAAACAUGCAGAUAAGAUUAAACUUCUUGAGGAAAGACAUUCUCAAGAAAUGAAAAAUUCAAGAGAAAGAGUUCUUGCAUCUGAACAGGAGAAGCGAGAAAAAUGGACCCAGCAGAAGACCAAAGUCAUCAAGGAAACUACAUAUCGAGGACUGGAGACCAAGAUGAAGGACCUGAGUGCCAAACAUAGAGAUGAGGUUAGCCAAUUGAAGGCCCAGCAUUGGGAAGCAAUGAAGGAAACUGAGGAAAAAUUUGUGAGUCAGUUGCGUGCCCAAGAGGAUGAAUUAAAAAAGAAAUAUGAACAGGAGAAAGAAGAGGCAUGCAAGAGGGAGAGGGAACGGGAACAACAGAGAUUGGAAGUGGAGUUGCGACAGAGUGAACAGUUAGCUCUGAGUCGUAUGGAAACAGUUCGCAAGCAGCAUGAGAGAGAUCUGAAGUCACUCAUUGAAGAACAUCAUCGUACUCAAGAAAGAAUUCGCUCCGAAAAUGAGGCUGCAUCGAGAGAUGCUACCAAGGAGAAGGAACGACUUAAAGACGAAUAUGAGAACAAGAUCAGGCUGUUAAUUCGAAGUCAUGAGGAUGAUACAGCUGUUCUUCGCCAAAAAGAUGAAAAGAGUCGAUCUGAGUGGCGGGAACAGUUUUUGAAGGAACACAACGAGGCCCGGUUGCAAGCUGAAAGGGAGCUGCGAGAGAGACUCAAACGACAACGUGACAAAGAGAUUGAGCGAGCGAUAAAGGAGAUCCAGCUGGAGACUAGUACUCGUGAGGAGCAGGACCACAGGGCCUUUGAGAUGAAGAUUAAGAACUUGAGAGAAAGAUAUGAAAAUGAACUAAAUGAGUUGGAAGCAAGUGAGCGAGGUGCCAGAAGCAGAUAUUUAGAAAUGAAGUCCAUUCUGGCCCAGAAAGAGGAAGAGAUUGUGUACUUUAGAGCUCGCCUUCAUACACAAGACCUGGAACUGUGUGAAUUACAACAUAUGUUUCGUCCGCCAGAUGACUAAUUCACUUUAGUUUCAACUGGAUGCAUACAACAUUGUCUGCCAUAGUAUCCGCAGGUAAUAAUGAACUUUUGCUACUGUUUGUGAGUAAUGGACUUGAAAGAUUUUAUUCUGUAGUACAGUACAGUAGUGGUAGGGUCGGUUUAUUAUGCUGAUUGUAGAUAAUAUCUCCAGUUUAUUUGUUAAUCACUUCUUUUAAUCACUAUUAUAUUUACUAUUAUCAUUAGAAGUAUCAUCACAUUAUCAGCUUUGCCUUCACCCUUGUGACCAUGAUAAUCAUCAUUAUUAUCUUUACUGUAGGUAUCAUUGUGAUCUUAGUUAUUGUUAAAUGUAAAUCCAUCAAAAGAGGUACAAAUUAGAGAAAAAUCUAAAUAGAAUCUAGGACUUUGAAUUUUCUUCAUUCUUGCAAGCUAUAUCUUGCUAUGGUGCAGGUUGACUGAAUCAGGAGCAACACUGAAACUCCCUCAUUUUGUCAUUUGUUGCUCCUGUCUUAAAGGAUCAGAUUAUGUUCUGCUAGUGUCCUCCUUCCACAGUGAUACAGCAGUUUAAGACUGCUAUCUUUCCUUCCCAUUUAGCAUGCAAAAACCAUUACAGUACUAUAUUGAUUUUUUCCCAGAAUUCAUAUAGGUGCACCAUAGGUCACCAGCAAGGUUCUGGAUUCUUUACUCAUUGAUAUGAAUUAUGUUUUGCAGCCAGGUGAAAUUAAGUGCUCAGAACCAAUCAGAAACUGUUGUGAGUUCUCGGAGUCAGUCACGAGCUGCUUGUCACUUACACAACAAGGCUCCAAACUAUCCUAUUUUGUCUCUUUUUAAGGUUCGUAGCCUAGAAAGCUGGAUGAUGAUAUAGAGGAAGUCUUAAUAAGAGGUGACAUUCAGCUGUCCAAUUUAGUGAGAAAGAUGUACUGUAUAAAGGUUGUGGUUGAUAUAAGUUGUAGAAUACCCAGAUGAUAGGGUCAGUGUAAGAUGUAGUGCUGAUUAUUUCUAUUCAUAUGAAAGGAGAUAUUUACAUAAGAAUAGGGAUUUGGAUAAUUUUUUAGUUUAAUUAGAAUAAGAGUGAAUACAAAUGAUAUGGAAAGACGUGUGCAAUAUGCCAGUAAGUAUCCAAAGGGGGUAAGAAAUGUCGCUCUUUGUCUUUAUACAUGGAGCUUUAAAGUGGGAUACAGUUAGAGGUUCUUAAUUGUGACUCGUCUUUCCUUAAAUAAUAUUGUAUUAAAGUUAGAUACCAACCUGAUGUCAACUUCAUUGUUGUUGACAUUGGUGAUGAUGUUUGUGGAUUGAACUCAGUAACCUUAUUCACUCACCACAUUGUUCUUGUUGCUUCUGGAGGGUACAGUAUGUUUCUCAAAGUGUCACUUUCUUUUUACUUAGUUAUAUUCAUACAGUAUAUGUCAGUACUGUAAUGGGUAUUACUAUACAGGAUAUUGCUCAUCAUUUGUCUAGUUAUUUCAGGCUAUUGAUGUUUUGGCAGCUAAGCUCUCGGUGAUGUGCUAUGAAUGACAAUUCUUGAUUCUUUCUGUAGUAGCCUUUUAAUUGGUAAAUAUAUUGUAAAUAAAUGCUCCUUUAAUCAUAUGUACUAUUUUAUUGAUUUAAAAUCAUAAGUAUUGGAAUAAUUUUUAUUUUAUACUAUAUAUUAUAUAGUUUGUUGUGAAUGACAUGACCCGUGUUUGUGUUGUUAUACUAUACAGUAUUGAGCUUAAACUGUUGAAUUUCUUUGUGUCAAUCAUUGUCUUUCUUCACUUAACAUCAGCAUUGUCACUGUUUCCUCUGUUUGUGUGUGUAUCUAAAAUAUUUUUUUUUUCAGAUUUUUCUUGGCUACCUGUUUAAGGUUGGCCAUAUUUAAAAUAAAAGAAUACGAUAACUUUAGUAUGGUGGUAGAGUAUAAAAUUAAAUGGUGCUAUUAAAAUAGAUGUGACAAACUGGAUGAAUCUGAUGUCCUUGAUCACCAGAAUAAGACAAACCUGAUCCCCUUGUUAAUCACAGUACAGUAAGUGGUUAGGGAUGUUAGAGCCAUUAGGUUAAAUAGAAUUGUAAUGGGGUUUCAACUUUAUUAUUAUUGGCUCUGGUGUGAGACCAUGUGUUGUAAAGCUGUUUGAUGGUACAGGUUGACAACCCUUUAUCCGAAAUUCUGAAAACCGAAAGUUUUUUGUGGAGCUUUUUUUUUUUUUACAGGGAUUAG